UUAUUUUUUAAAGCUUGUGUUUUAUUUCAGGUUUUGAAAGUAUGUGCCAAUCACAAUAUUUUACCAAACAUGGAACUACAGCCUAUGAAAGACAGUGAUCGUGCAUGGGUUUGGGCUGCUCAGGAUUAUGCUGAUGAAGAAAUGAAACUGGAAAGAUUUUGCAUUCGAUUUAAAACAUCAGAAAUUGCAGUUUCUUUCAAAACAGCUUUUCAGCAGGCUGUGUUAUUUACUCGAAACAAAAGUAAUCAGACAAGUUCAGUAAGUGCUUCAGACAAAAUCUGUAGCCCUGGACCUCAAGGUGAUAGUUCUCAGGAUAAGGAAAUUGGUUUUGGAGAUAGAUUUAGACCUAAACAAGGAUAUUGGACAUGUUCAACUUGUUUAGUAACAAAUAUGCCAGAUAAAGAAUUGUGUGUUGCAUGUGAAAGCUUUAAACCAGGAAGUAAACCUCAGAGUUCCUCUUUAAAUAGAGAAUUUGAUCAAUUACAAAAUUCUUCUGCCAAUCAGUUUUCAUUAUCUAAUAUUAAUAAAUCAAUUCAGCAAACAGACAAUCAGACAGUAAAAUUUGGAACAUUUACUUUUGAUAAUAAAUGUCAAAAUACAAACCAAGACAAAGCAUUUUCAUUAAGUUCGUCCUUAAGUAAAGACAAAACUGUGUUUGGAGGAUUUACAUUUACAUCAACACCUGUUAUCAAAAAUAAUGAAACUACAGAGAGAGAAAUCAUAAAACUUAAAGAUAAAUUAAAAGACGACAAUUCUGUGAGUCAGGCAAAACCCAGCCCAUUUGCAUCUUUCAGUUUCAAAUUACCACAGAAUAAGGACAAAGAUACAGUUCAAAAAGAUAAUUUGGCCACAGAUAAUCCUUUUGUUAUUGGAAGUGAAAAGAGCAACUUUUCAAUUGUUAAUAAUGUAAAGAAUAUCACUUCAUCUGCAUCUUUAUCCUCAAAUUCUACUUCAGACAAUGAUUAUGUAUUUGGAAAAGAAAGUAAUAUAAGUAAUAUUAGUUUCUCAAAUAUAUUAAGUGAAAAAAAAGAAAAUUCAUUCCAUGUAGAUCCAAAUUUUAAAGGUUUUUCGGGUGCAGGUUCCUCAGUAUUUAAUACUUUGUCAGGAAAAAGUGCAGAUAAUGCCCAAGAUAAUGAUGUACCCGAAGAAUUUGUGCCAACCGUUGAAUUUAAACCUUUAAUUAAUUUACCUGAAUUAAUAGAUGUGAAAACAGGGGAAGAAGAUGAAUUAAAGUUAUUUGGUGAGCGAGCUAAGUUAUAUAGGUAUGAUUCGGAGGGAAAACAAUGGAAGGAGCGUGGUAUUGGAGAAUUGAAAAUAUUAUUUAAUGAAAAAACUAAAAAAUAUAGAAUUCUUAUGAGGCGUGAACAAGUAUUAAAAUUAUGUGCUAAUCACAACAUUCUAUCUUGGAUGAAAUUAAGUGUGUUGUCAUCCAGUGAUCGUUCAUGGGUUUGGUUUGCUCAUGAUUAUGCAGAUGGAAAGUUACAAAAAGAACAGUUAGCUGCAAAAUUUAAAACUGUCGAAAUUGCUCAAAAGUUUCGUGAAAUUUUUGAACAGUGUCAAGAAAAAAUUGAAAAUGAAACAAAAGAUACUCCCUGUGAAAGUACUGAAGCAUCACCAAACAAAACAUCAGAAUCAUUAUCAGAUAAUAGACCGUUAUCUGAAAUUUUUAAGCCAUUACCAGGAACCUGGAAAUGUAAUGGUUGUUAUAUUACCAAUGAACAAAAGAAUGCUACAUGCAUAUGUUGUGAAGCACCCAGACCUACUACUAUAACAAGUUCAUCAGUGGAAAAUUCAUCUACAGAUAAUAAUAAUUUUAGAACAAGUGCAGAAUCUUCCAUAAUAAAUUCUCAAGUAGAAAAUGCUGCAAUUAACAAUAAUAAUAAUCUGUGUAUAGCCAUUGAUAAUACAGAAAAACUAAAUUUAGGAUCAAAUAAAUUUAUCAAUAUUAAUACUGCCUCUUCAGUAAGAACUACGAGUGACUCCAUUCUGAAACCAAGUGUUAUAUCAGGAGUGAUUGCAUCUAUAACUACUACUACCACCACUACCACCUCUAUUACAACAACAGCUAUUACAACCAAUACUAUUCCUACAAAUGAAUCUUCAACAUUUAGCUUAGUCAAACCUUCUUCAAUUUUUCAAUUUAAUUCAUCUUCAUCUAAAACUUUGUUUAAUAUUGGUGUCAGCACCCCAAUAAAACAGCCAGAAGAAACAGAAAAUACUGAAACAAAUGUACAUUUUAAGUUUGGAAGCCCUCAAAAAUAUGAAUUCACAUUCAGUGGAAUAAGACCAAGAAGUCCAAGUAAAACACCUAAAUCUCCAGGAAGUGUAACGGAUAAUUCAUUUGAUAAGGGAGAUGAAGUAGAAUCACCUGAAGCAGAUGGCAUUUUCUUCCAACCUGUUAUUCCUCUUCCACCAAAGAUAGACAUAAAAACUGGUGAAGAAAAUGAAGAAGUUUUAUAUUGUCAAAGAGCUAAACUUUUUAGAUUUGUUAGUGGUGAAUGGAAGGAACGUGGAGUAGGAGACAUUAAAAUACUACGUUCCCCAGAAACAAACAACAUUAGGUUAUUAAUGAGGAGAGAUCAGGUACUUAAAGUUUGCGUGAAUCAUUAUAUCACGGAUACUAUGAAAUUUACUUCAAAAGGAGACAAAACAGUAUUUUGGGCUGCUGCAGAUUUUACUGAAGGCGAAUUACAUCCAGAGCAAUUAGCUCUUAGAUUUAAGACAGUGGAAAUUGCUAACCAGUUUAAGGAAGCAGUAGAAAACGCUCAAAAUUUACUCAAAAAAAGUGAAACUCCUGCUAUAAAAACCGAAUCUUCUAAAAAGUCUGCUCUUGCAAGUUUUUCUUUCAACUUAAAUAGCAACAAAAGUACUGAAGAACCAAAAUUUGCUUUGUCUUCUGUAUUUGGAGUUGCUUCACCGUCCAGAAAUAUUUUUGGUAAUACUUCAACACAGAAAGAACCAGGUGCUGAAGAUGAAAUUGUGAUAUUAGAAGAAAAGCACGUUACUGCUGAUAAACAAGCCGAAGCAGAGAAAUUAAUGUUGCCAAAUAAUUUCUUUAUGUAUGAGAAGAAGCCACCUUGUCCCGGAUGUCGGGGUUGUGAAAUGGAAGGUGAAGAUAUAGCAAUUACUUAUGAAACAAAACCUACACCUGAACAAGAGAGUAAAGCACUAGAAUUAUUACUUCCUUCAACAUUUUAUUUAUAUGAAAAUAAACCACCUUGUCCUGGAUGCAGAGGAUGUUUAGAUUCUGAUGAUGAUUCUGAUAACUCAACAAAAUCUAAGUCAAGUCCCUUGGAUUCUGGAAAAUCAAAAGCAGAGUUACUAGCAAAUAAUGAAAUAAAAAAUGUCAAUAAAGAGAAGAGCGAUUCUGUUGUGGAUUCUCAAAGUCCCGAUUCCAAAUUAAGCGAUAGUCUCGAAGAAUGCAAAGAAGUACAAUCUACAACAAAUGCUAAUUCAGACAAUAAUGAAUCAAAAUUUGUUUUUGGUUCAAACAAAAUCUCUCAAUUAUCGUUUCAAAAUAUUGCUUCAGAAGGCUCUUCAUUUUUAAUUUCAAAUAAUUCAAAAAAUGAAUCAUUUGUGUUUUCUGAUGCUGGAAAACCAUUAUUUGUCCAAAGUACAGCAGAUAAUAAAGAAAAUGAAUCCGACCAAGUCGAAGAUAAUGCAGAUGUGCAGUUUAAACCUGUUAUUCCAUUACCUGAAUUAGUCGAAGUUAAGACAGGAGAAGAAGAUGAGAUACCCAUUUUCCUACAUCGUGCUAAACUUUAUCGAUAUGAUUUUACUAAACAACAGUGGAAAGAACGUGGAAUUGGAGAUUUCAAAAUUCUCAAGCACAAAGAAAAAUGUAGGUUCAGACUUAUCUUAAGACGUGAACAAGUGCACAAAAUUGCUUGCAAUCAUUACAUUCAGCCCGAUUUAGAAAUGAAUCCAAUGUCUACUUCAAACAAUGCUCUCUGUUGGAAGACAAUAGAUUAUGCAGAAGGUCAACCUAUGAAGGAAUUCUUUGCUAUUAGGUUUAAAACUCAAGAAACAUUGCAACAAUUUAAAGAAAAAUUUGAAGAAUGUAAAAAGUUACUAACAUCAAGUUCACAGACAGAUCAAAUUGAGCCAGUUCAAUCUGAUAAAAAAGAUGAUGAUACAUCAAGCUGUACAGUGAAUAAAUCUGUGCUAGAUGAGAUUUUAUCUCAAAGGACUCAAGAAAAUGUUAAUGUUGAUGUUAAUAAAAUACAAAAUGAAGAAAAUAAUGAAGGAAGCAGUCAUGAUGGAAAGGAUAAUGAAGACGACAACAACAAUGAAGAAGAUGAUGAUGAUGACGACGACGACGACGAUGAUUUAAUUAUGUUUGAAAAAAGAGUAACCUUAUCUGAACUUGAUAAUGAAUCAAAAGAAUAUAAGGUAAGCUUCUUAAUUUUUAAAGUUAUGCAGAAAAAUUACAUCAUUUUGAAGCUUGACAACAUGAUUUGUCAUAUUUACUGUAUUUAUUCUAAUAAAAGUGCAGCUAGAAGAUAAAAAAAGUUAUAGACAGUCUUUCCAACAAUAAUUAUGCUGUCUAUUA